AUAGAUGUAGGUAAUGCACAUGAUUGAUGUAAUGAAGUAAUUGUGUGUAACAUUGAAUUAAUUGUGUGUAACAUUGAAUUAAUUGUCUUUCUUAAUUAUCAGAUAAAUGUUUAAGGAGUGGAAAUAUUAUGACAGUAAUAUUAUAAGAAUUUCACCUUGGUUAGUUCUUCGUGGAUUUAAUUUGUCCUUGAGGAAUUGAAUUUUUAAUGGGAGUAGACAGUAAUUAGAGACUGGUACAAUCUCUUUAGUUUGACUGCAAUUCCUGAUGAUUAAGCUAGUGAGGUUAAGUUUCACGUGGAAAGUUUGAGCCAAAGAGGAUUGACUAAAGUAGAGGCUCAGUUCUGGAGGUUUACCCCAGCGGUUUGGUCGUCACAUAACCCACAUUUAGUGUUUUGAAUACCGAGUAUUAAAAAAAAUGUAAUGAAUGGAGAUGAGUGCAGAGAAUAGAAAAAUGAAGAUACUUGCUAUUCAUGGAUAUUAUCAAUCCGGCGCCAUUUUCCGGUCGAAAUUAGGAUCGUUGAGGAAAGGUUUCAAGAAAAUUGAGUUUGUAUUUGCUGAAGCACCACAUGCGGUGCCUCCAGGACAAUUUGCGAACGACGGGGAAGAGGCAGGUGGAGGAAAGGGGUGGUGGUUCAAUACGGAAAGUCAUUACUUCAAAGCGACAGAGCCGAGUAAUUUAUCAGUUGGUUACGAGGAAAGUCUGGAAUAUAUUGAGAAACUAUUCCAAGAGGAAGGCCCUUUCGAUGGAAUUCUCGGAUUUUCUCAGGGCGCGUCAUUCGUCUCAAUUCUUUGCGCUUUGCAACAGAAAAAAUUGUCGCCAAUUAAUUUCAAGUUCGCUGUUUUGAUAUCUGGAUUUAAAUCGCUCUGCGCACCCCAUGAGAAAUUCUAUGAUGAACCCAUUGACUUACCGACUCUUCACGUAUUUGGAGAGAGUGAUAAAAUCAUCCCAACAGAAAUGGCCAGAGAGCUCAGUGAUUUGUUUGUUAACAAAAAACUUGUGAUACACGAGGGAGGACACUACGUGCCGAGCAAAAAACACAUAUAUCAGGAUUUUUUCAAUGAGAUGAAUGAAAAUAAUUAAUGAAUUUUGAGAAAAAUUCCUUUGAUAGGAUUUUCUACGUUAUCACAAGAUAAGUGAUUGAAUCAGUUUUGCAGGGAAAAACUGAUGAUCAUGAAAUGAAAAGUAUUUGAUUAGGACAAGUUUAUAAUUAUUUAUUUUGAGGUAUAGUGGAAAAUCAUCAUCAUUCAUGAAUUAUCGGUGGAGUAUUCAUGAUUUUCAAUUUUUCGAGUGUAAUAGGAGCUCUUAUUUACACUUGGAGGAGAAUUGGAGUUGGCAACGAAGUGACGACUGUAUCAUGUAUUUUUCGAAGUUUAUUAUGAAAUUAACUCGGAAAUAAAUGAUAUUAUAAUGGA